GCUUUCAUUUAUGUGUAUAUAUAAUAAAUGAUCUGCAUACAAAACACACUCAUACAUGUUUUUGUUUUCAACGGUGGUUCGCAAUAAUUAAAUGUGCAACAAUAGUCAAUUACGACGGAAAUGUUUCACCGUAUGAAGUAUAGUCAUUAGAUGUUUUGAACUUCCUUGUCAGAAAACUACGUGUUUGAAAACAAAAAAAUGUUGUCUCUAAACUUGCUUUCGAUGUUUUUAAUGAGGAUUACUCUCUCUUCUGGAUACGUGGAUUUAUCUAUGGGCAGAGUAACAACUCAGAGUUCAACCUUUCAUUGUCCUGGUGGUGCAUGUGUAAACUAUUAUUUGUCAAGUAAUGCAGUUGAUGGUAACACUAGCACUUGCUCAAGAGACAAAGGGAUCGAUAACAGAGAAAACAAUAACGACGUAUGGUGGAAAGUAGAUCUUGGUGAUUUCUACAGUAUUUAUAGCAUUAGUAUACUGUUUAGGAAUGACAGCGAACACGUGGACCGACAAAGGGGUCGCUUUGCUGGAUUUUCUUUGUACCUAUCUGAAUCUGGUUAUCGAGACAAUGCCUCGCUUUGUUACGAAGACGGACCAUCGUUACCACCAUUAAAUUUUACGACAUUAUGUAUCGGAUACGGGCGUUAUGUCAUCUUCUACAAUGCGCGUUUGAGGGGAUAUAUUUAUCCCACAGGAUACGAAAAAGUGAUAUAUACUGAGUUGUGCGAGGUUAGAGUAGAAGGCUGUAAUAAAACAUAUUAUGGAAGAAAUUGUGACAAGAAUUGUCCAGCCAACUGCGAGAAUAAAAUAUGUAACAUUUUAAAUGGAACAUGCCCGAAAUGUAUUCCAGGAUGGACAGGAACACUGUGCACAAAUAAGUGUGAAAAGGGGUGGUACGGUCUCAACUGUAAACAACCAUGUUCCGGCUAUUGUAAAAACAAGGAGACAUGUAAUCACGUAACAGGUCAUUGUGACAAUGGAUGUGCUAAUGGAUGGAUGGGAAAUCAAUGUAAAAAACCAUGUAAAGAUGGAAACUACGGUCCAGGUUGUAUAUAUAACUGCAGUGGUCACUGUCUGAAUGAUGUUCACUGUAACAAACAAACUGGACACUGUGAGGCUGGGUGUAAUCCGGGAUAUACAGGGAAUUUAUGUAACGCAGAAUGCAACUCUGGAUACUUCGGGACGCAAUGCAAGGAACUUUGCAGCCAGAAGUGUUUCAAUGAUGAAAUAUGUAGUCAUAUAAACGGAGUUUGUCCAAAAGGAUGCAAGGAUGGAUAUAUUGGAGAAAGAUGCAAUGAAUCAUGUCUACCUGGACAUUUUGGAAGAAAUUGCCUGGGUAACUGCUCUCGGAGAUGCAUAAGUACAUGUCAAUUCACAGACGGAUCUUGUAUCUGCGCAGAGGGUUGGACGGGCUCAAAUUGCAGUGAAGAAUGUUUUCUGACCUAUGGGGAAAACUGCCAAACCCCAUGCAGUGAAUAUUGUGUCAAUCGUACAUGUGACAGAUUCAACGGAAGUUGUUUGUCUGGUUGCAAAGAAGAAGCUUAUGGCGAAAAAUGCGAUCAAGGAAUAGUUCAAGCGUAUCAGCUUUCUAAUUCUCCUUCAUCAGAUACGCUAACUGCUGUUGGGGUUGUUAUUCCGUUAGCAGUUGUCAUCAUUAUUGUUGUUUUGGUUAUUUUAUUUAUACGAUAUAAAAGAAAAUCUUCAGAGACUUCAGCUAAACAGAAAGAUAUACUUAACAUGAAGCAUAUUUCUAUCGUAGAAAGAGUGAACAGGGAAUCCUCGUCAGAACAUGACAACCUAAAUAAUACAGACAUUGUUCAUAACUCAAAAGAUGAAAACGAGAGUGCCAAGAGAGGGCCACCGACAAAUAAGUGUAUACCAGUGAAAAAUUUACCAGCCAUUAUAUCUCAAAUGUCUGCCGCAGAGGAUACUGGCUUUCAACAUGAAUAUCAGGAUAUCCCAAAAGGUGAACUUCAUCCAUGUGAAGAAGCGAAACGACCAGAAAAUAAAUCUAAAAAUAGAUACAAAACAACGUUUCCAUAUGACCAUUCUCGAGUCGUAUUGAAAAAAUCAUCAUCUAAUGGAGGGGAUUACAUCAAUGCUAACUAUAUAGAGGAUGUCCAAGGAAAGCGUUCCUACAUUGCUACCCAAG